AUGGCUGGGUAUAUUUCUGGCCAGCUCAUCAAGCUUGCGGACGGCCGCCACGCGACGAUUCGGUUUAUAGGGCCUACGCGUUUUGCCCCUGGAGAAUGGAUCGGUUUGGAGCUCGAGGACGCGAGCGGGAAAAACGAUGGCUCUGUCCAAGGUGAAAGAUAUUUUGAGUGUGAAUAUGGCUACGGCAUGUUCGUUCGGGCACCCGCCAUUAUAGAAAUCAUCGAACAGCCAAAGAAAGAGGAGCCGAGGGCUGCCCCCAAAAGUGGCCUCGAUGGCAGGGGCAGACCACCUUCAAUGGCCAUGGGAGAGACAGAGCCCGGGUGCCUCGAGUCCUUCGCCAGCCCCAAGAGCUUUGGGCCGGUCCUUGAGGUCGCCUACGAAAUCACCGGUGAAGCAGUUGACAAACUCGGGUACUCCUGCGGCUUCCCCGGCCCCUACCCCUACGUCGACAUCGUCCAGUGUUCGUUCAUCAUUACGCCAAUCGAUGUCAGGACCUCCAGCCAAAACAACAAGGCCUGGGUUAGCGUCAUCAUCACGUCCGCCUACCACACCGGCUACAUCCAGACGGAUGUCACUUAG